CUCAUUAACGGAAGCGCACUCGGACUCGGAAGCGUUUCGGUGUGGGAAGCAGAAGGAUGUCUCUUCAGUCGGUGCUGGUGCCUCUCUUCAAACUGUACUUAUGCGGAAUUAAAGUUCUUCUCUACCAAAUUUUCAACCGCUCCUUUACGCUCCCAGUCUUACCCAAGCAAAAUGGAAGGGUUGCCAUUGUGACUGGGGGUACCAGAGGAAUUGGUUUUGAAACAGCAAGACACCUGGCAAGCCUUGGCAUGCAUGUUAUCAUAGCUGGGAAUGAGAGAGAAGAAGGUGCAGCAGCUGUUAGGAAGAUUCACGAAGAAGGGACCGAAGGAACCGCUGAGUUUGUCUUCGUGGACAUGACGUCACUGAAAUCUGUGCGACACUUUGUGCGGUUGUUCAGGGACAGAGGUCUACCCCUCCAUGUCCUGGUUAAUAACGCUGGGACCAUGAUGGUUCCUGACAGACAGACAGAGGAUGGCUUUGAGUACCACUUGGGCCUCAAUUACCUGAGCCACUUCCUGCUGACCAACUUGCUGCUUGAUCUGCUGAAGAGGUCAGGAAAACCGGGCUGCUGCUCUAGAAUCAUCAACAUGUCCUCUGCUACACAUUACGCAGGAGUCAUAGACAUGGAGGACUUAAACAGGAGGAUCCAGUACAGUUCCCAUGGUGCUUACUCCCAAAGCAAACUGGGUCUGGUCCUGUUCACCUACUACCUGCAGGAGCAGCUGACUGCCAGCAGCUGCUCUGUGACUGUGAAUGCUGUGGACCCGGGAAUGGUGGACACGGCGCUGUACGAUAACCUGUGGACUCUGGUGCAGCUGCUCAAGAAGCCAGUAGCCAAGAUAUUGUUCAGGACUCCAGCAGAGGGAGCCUCUACAGCCGUCUAUGCUGCAGCUGCUUCUGAGAUGGAGGGGGUGGGUAGCUGUUACCUGUACAACGGCCAGAAGACGCAGUCUGCGGGUGUUUCCUACGACUCUGAACUACAGGCCAAGCUGUGGAAAAAGAGCUGCCAGCUGGUGGGUCUGCAGGAGGCCUGACCCACCAGCUGACCUUAAGGCUGGAUACUUCUGCAUCCUCAGUCCUCACUGGGACAAUCUUAUCUAACAAUGUUUCAGAAGCCAAACAUUUCAAAGUUUUGCAACAAUACGCUUGAUUUCAUAUAUAACUUUUACUCAUAUGGACGUGUUCAUUGUGUUAUGAUUUUAACCACCUCUAUUUGAACUUUACCUGACAAAAAAGAUAACUAUACCAAAGGAGCAAUUACAUCCACGGCCUGUGGUAGGCCCGAGCUCAUGGCCCAUCAUGUGUACCAGACAUCACAUGUGCCUGUUUUUAAACCACACCUUAAUAUGAUUAAUAUUCCACACAAAGACAGACGUAGAAAGGUCUGAGCUCACAUGAAGCCUUCGUGCCUUAGCUUUACCUGUUCAUGCCUGUAAAUGACUUCUUACUGAUUUAUUCUUCACUUUAUAUUUCACUGUGUGCUGUGAUGUUGCUGCUAAAGGAGCAAAGCGUGCCUCAGGAGUGAUGUAUGCUUUAUCGGUUUUAUUUAUAUAGCACCAAAUCACAACAACACUCACUUUAAGGCGCUGAAAUGACUGGAGGUGGAGCCGGAGGUGGAGCUGGCAGAGUUCAGUACGCUGUGAUUUUCAUUGGCAGUGAGCAAGAUGGAUGCCAGUGUAAAUGAAUAUUGUCUGCUCAGGCUGGGACAACGUUAGAGGUGAGACGUGCAUAUGCUGGACAAACACAGCUGCCAGGGUCAAAGAGGAAGUUCAUGGAUGCAGUGAAGGAGGGUGGGAGCCAGGUGAUAGUGACAGGUUAGGAUGAUCUGCUGUGGUGACCUCUAAAUAGUAAAGGUACACAAUAAAGUACUACACUGAUGUGUUUUACUGCAGAGUAGGUGAGUACAGUCAGACUUGGAGCUGAGAGCAGGCCCUUUAACUCGGGCUGUAAAUGGGUGGAGUUGGCUUCACCCACAGACGGGACCACUUAGUGUAACUGUAAUGCUUCAUGAAUGUGACUCCAUAAAAGAAACAUGAACCUGUCAGUGUUAGUAAAACUAAUGAUCACUGCUGCUUUAGUCUGGUUUGCUGUAAUGAACUCGUCUCCUACAUGUUAACUCUCAGACGCUGUCACAGGCUCACAGCGCCACCCUGUGGACACUAUGUACAUUCUGCUCUGUUUACGCACUUUGGACCAAUGUAGCCAUGUUUCUGCUGUCUGUGCUGUUAUUUGAUCUCUGAAAUGGUAAAUAAAAGUCACGUCUCGGUCUAUCAAG